AUGGCUAAAACUGUAAGAAUAAACGGCCCAAAUCUCAUUUCAGGCAUUUCAGCCCAUAUGAAAGGUUACAAUUAUGAUCUAUCUGGUUUAGAACCUAUAGAGAUACCACCAGAAAAGCCUGCUAAGGAACCACCGUUAUCACCUCCCAGCCCAGGCCCAGAAAUUCCAGGCCCACCAAAUCCGUUACCACCUCAUCAUGAUCCAGUGGGCCCUGACAUGCCUGGGCCACCACCUGAGAUUGUUCCGCCCGGUGGGCCGGAUGUUGUACCUCCGACAGAGCCGGAGAUUGUUCCACCUGGUUGGCCGGAUGUUACACCUCCGACCCCGCCGGAGAUUGUUCCGCCCACCGGGCCGGAUGUUGUGCCUCCAAAGGGGCCUGAAACCGAGCCGUGGCAGGUUCCGCAGCCUGACAUCCCACCACCUAUCAUCUUCUAA